AUGGAUGUUUUACUCUCACUUCCUAUCGUGUCAUACUUCUUCUCAACCUCCCUUACAUCAUGGUCAACCUCACUCAACCUGCUCUUUUUCUACAUGACCUGGACAACCCUCGUGCUGAGCCACUCCCCCUUAAAGAUCGAGCUUGUCGGCACCACCGCCCUGCGCAUCGUCCUCUGGCUGGUCCCAUCUCUGCUCUUCCUCGCAUUCGACACCCUCUUGCCCUCGCUGUCGGGAAACAUCAAGCAGAACGGAUCUUCAGCACUCCCGCCACGCGAUGCUUAUUCUCUUGUCAGCCUCACCGGCCUCGCUCUCUUUAACCUCGCUCUUGAGACCGCAGUCGAGGCAGCCGCCUCCCUCGGCCUGUCAACCCUCCUCGGAGGCCCCAUCUUCCGCACCUCAACAACUCUCCCCCUCCCAUGGCAAAUGAUUAAGCACCUCGCCCUGCUCUUCACCGCCCGCGAGAUCCUCACCUACUACAUUCACCGCUAUCUCCUCCACGGCCACCAUCCCCCGUCCUCCCUUUCACCCCUCUCCAAACGCAACAACCCUCCCACCAAGCGUAAACGAAACAACCCCUUACCCACCACUACCCUCCACACCCGCUAUGCCCACGCCCACCACACAACAACGACACCAUCCUCCCUCCUCCUCAAAACAGACCACCCCCUCCCGUACCUCCUCCACCGCUUCGCGCCGCUCUACCUCCCCGCCCUGGCCCUGCACUUUUGGAGCUUACACAUGCUCACCUUCCUCGUCUAUGUCGCGCUCGCCACGCUCGAGGAGACGCUCUCCAUGAGCGGGUACAGGGUCGUCCCGGGAAUCCUGAUGGGCGGCAUGGCGCGGCGGACGGCGGUGCACUACGCCAGCGGCGGGAGGGGCAACUUUGGCGGGUGGGGUGUCUUGGACUGGGUGCAUGGGACGGGUGUGGGUGGGAGGCAUGUGGUGGAUGAUUUGAGGGAUGAAACUGGGAAGCAUCGGGUGAAGGAACGGGGCAAAGGGAAGGUUGGAGAGGCGGUUGGGGGUUGA